UCAAGUUACCAGUUGACUACAUCUGGCUGCUUUCUUUUACAGACAUCGGUGUAAGUUGUGAUCGAUUAAUAUAGUCUGCAAACUUGUUUGAGGAAGUAGUAACGGUUGUGAUCUCCAAAGACAUGUGACGGGUCAGAAUGGCACUUUGGUUGCUGCUAAUCUAAAUUUUGCACUACGCUUGCUUAUUAUUUUUUUUCCAGUCAUUUACAGAAAGGCUAUUGUUGUUUUUUUGCUGGUUGUUUUUCUGCUGUGCUGAUUAAAGCCCGACUUACUAUGGUGCUUGCUUCUUUGCUGAAACUGCUUCAGCGACAGACAUACACCUGUCUGUCACACCGUUAUGGGUUGUAUUUAUGCUUUGGUGGCAUUGUCCUUAUGAUUAUAUCAGCCUUCCAGUUUGGAGAGGUUGUUCUGGAGUGGAGCCGAGACCAGUAUCAUGUUUUAUUUGACUCUUACAGAGAUAAUGUUGCAGGAAAAUCAUUUCAGAACAGGCUAUGCCUGCCAAUGCCAAUUGAUGUUGUAUACACUUGGGUUAAUGGCACAGAUAUUGACUUAGUUCAAGAACUUCAGCAGUUCAAGGAGCAAAUGAAGAAAGAGCAGCAAGCUUUAAGGGAAUCCCUUGGCAAAAAUACUACUGAGGCCACAAAAACAAGUGAAAAGCAGUUGGAGUGUUUGCUGUCACGUUGUGUCAAAGUGCCAAUGCUCAUCCUUGAUCCAGGUCUGCCUGCCAAUAUCACUUUAAAAGAUGUUUCUGUACUUUAUCCAUCAUUCCACUCUGCCAAAGAUAUAUUACAUGUGGCAAAGCCAAAGAAUCCUUCCACAAAUGUCACUGUGGUUCGAUUUGACAACCUUGAAGAAGCUGAAGAUGCCCAUGCAGCAGCCCCAAACGAAGAUGAGAAGCAGUUAUUCUGGAGAGCUUACUUGACAACAGAUAAGGAGACACCUGGUUUGGUAUUAAUGCAAGAUUUGGCUUUCCUUAGUGGAUUCCCAGCAACAUUUAAAGAAACUUCUCAGCUAAAAGCAAAGCUGCCAGAGUUCAUGACACCUAGAAUAAAACAGCUGCAACUUUAUUCAGAAGUCAGUGUUGCUCUACUGAUUUUGAAUAGUCCCAAGGAUUUCCAGGAACUAAGUAAGCAAACCAAAAAGAAUAUGACCAUCGAUGGAAAGGAGCUGUCCAUUACUCCUGCUUACCUGUUGUGGGACCUUAGUGCCAUCAGCCAGUCCAAGCAGGACGAGGACAUAUCAGCUAGCCGGUUUGAAGACAAUGAAGAACUACGAUAUUCACUACGGUCAGUGGAAAGGCAUGCACCUUGGGUUCGUCAUGUCUUCAUCAUCACCAAUGGACAGAUUCCUUCUUGGCUCAACUUGGACAACCCACGUGUUACCAUCGUAACACACAAGGAAGUCUUUCAAAACACAAGUCACUUGCCAACAUUUAGUUCACCAGCAAUCGAAACUCACAUACACCACAUAUCGGGUUUAUCACAGAAGUUCAUUUAUCUAAAUGACGAUGUCAUGUUUGGAAAGGAUGUAUGGCCCGAUGAUUUCUAUACCCAUUCCAAAGGUCAAAAGGUGUAUCUGACUUGGCCUGUGCCAAACUGUGCUGAAGGAUGCCCAGGAUCAUGGAUUAAAGAUGGGUAUUGUGAUAAAGCCUGCAACAACUCGGCUUGUGACUGGGAUGGGGGAGACUGUGUAGGUAAUACUGCUGGUGGCCGAUUUCCAGGAGGUGGUGGAGGUGGUGCCGUAAAUGGUAUAGGCUGGAAUUUUGGAGGAGGAGUUGCUGGGGAUUCCUACUGUAAUCAAGGUUGUGCCAAUUCCUGGUUGGCGGACAAGUUCUGUGACCAGGCGUGUAAUGUCCUGUCCUGUGGAUUUGAUGCUGGGGACUGUGGCGAGAGUCACUUCAAUCAACUCUAUAGGGUGACUUUGCAGCGAAACAAGACACAUUAUGUCAUUCCCUCCGGUGAAUUCCUUGCCUACUUUAGCUUUGCAGAUUUUGCCAAAAAGGUUACAGAUGCAUCUUAUAGUGAUAACCUUAUAGUGCGCCAUAGUUCUGUGGCCAACAAAUGGAAGACUAUACACCUUAUCAUGCAUAAAGGAAUAAAUGCAACCAUUCUGCAGUUCAACUUCACUUGUCAAGAUAAUGAUGAUAAGGAAUUUAAAGUUCAGAUAACAGUAGAUGUAGAUACUAGAGAGACUAUAAAGCCAAACUUGACAGUGUCACAGAAGCCUGAUGGUAAUGAUGUAAAAUAUGCAUUACCCACUGUAGAAGAAACUGUUCUCAUUGAAGAUGUUCCAGAACAAAAGCGCUUUCCAAAGUAUCAAAAAAAGAACACAAACUUAAUUCACGGAAAUAUUAUCAUUCCUGAAGUAAAUGUAUCACUUCUUCCAGAUGAAAUCCAGCAAGUAUUACAAAAUCUGAAUAAAAAACUGGAAGAUGGAGAUAUCACCCCAAAAGGUUACAAUAUCUCAAAGGCUAGCUUGUUAGGGCCUUACAAAAACUUAACUCUAGUGCUGAAAGAGACUGACACAAGAAAUAGUCCAUCUUCAAGGGAAAAGAUUCCUGAAAUCCAACAAGUGAAGAAAAUAAAUGCAGAGGAUCAUGUGAAAGCACACCAUGAAAAUGAAAGUAUACUUCUACAUAGAACUUACAAAGAUUUCCUAGAGGGAAAACAGGAAGGUGACAGAAUAAAGAAACAGCGGCAGUCCCACGUGCCACCAGAAUCAGUAUUAGCAGAAACCACUCCUGUUGUGAUGAAAAUAAUUGAUGACAAUUAUGAGGGAAAACUUCAUGUGUUUGCUGUUAAACCGGUGGCAAAUUAUUCUUUACCUGGCCAUUUGGAUGCUGCUGACACACGGAUAGAACCACAAGAGAAGAAACUAAAUUUGCUUCUACAGAACAAUCCCAAGUUAAAGGAAUUGAAGAGAAGGGAAACAGCAAGUGAGGGAAUGCAAGUAAAAGAAAACCAAGAUGAGGAUGCAGCUGUUAAAGAAAAAAUAUUUCUUAGUCGAAGACUACAGCACUAUGCACAAUAUAGCCAAGGUUUUCUGCCAUGGGAAAAGAAAAGAGAUUUUCAAGAACUUCUUGAGGAAAAUGAGAGACUAAAUAAGGAGCUGGCUUACUAUACUGACAACAGUCGAGUCAGACGACGUCUGAAGGAUACCUUUGCUGAUUCACUCCGUUAUGUGAAUAAAGUUCUAAAUUCAAAGUUUGGCUUUACCUCUCGUAAAGUUCCUGGCCACAUGCCUCAUAUGAUUGACCGCAUUGUUAUGCAAGAACUGCAAGACAUGUUUCCUGAAGAAUUUGAGAAGACAUCCGCACACAAGAUUCGACAUUCUGAAGAUAUGCAAUUUGCGUUUUCUUACUUUUAUUAUCUAAUGAGUGCAGUCCAGUCCUUGAAUAUCUCCGAUGUUUUUGAUGAAGUUGACACUGAUCAGUCUGGCAUUUUGUCUGACAGAGAAAUUCGAACUCUAGCAACGAGGAUCCAUGAACUUCCUCUUAGUUUACAGGAUUUGACGAGUCUGGAACAUAUGUUAAUAAAUUGCUCCAAAGUGCUUCCACCCAAUAUCACUCAAGUUGAUAGUGUUUCUCCAACCCAAGAAGCAUACUAUGAUCCCAACCUGCCUCCUGUGACAAAAGGUUUGGUGCUCAACUGUAAACCAGUAACUGACGCCAUACGCAAAGCAUACAAAGACAAAAACAAAUACAGGUUUGAAAUAAUGGGAGAAGAUGAACUUGCUUUCAAGAUGAUUCGUACAAACGUGUCCCAUGUUGUUGGCCAGUUGGAUGACAUAAGAAAAAAUCCAAGAAAAUUUAUAUGCUUGAAUGACAAUAUUGACCACAAACAUAAAGAUGCUCAAACAGUGAAGGCUGUUUUGCGAGAUUUUUAUGAGUCCAUGUUCCCCAUACCAUCACAAUUUGAGUUGCCACGAGAAUACCGUAACCGUUUUCUUCAUAUGCAGGAGCUACUUGAAUGGAGAGAAUACAGAGACAGAUUAAAAUUUUGGACCCAUUGUGUUCUAGUGACGCUAAUUGCAUUUACUGUUACUUCAUUUUUUGCUGAACAGUUUUGUUUCUCUCGCAGCUUAUAGCCCUUAAACGAAAGAUACUGCCAAGAAGGCGAAUCCAAAAGGAAUCUGGUCAUGAAGGAAGUACUGUGUAAAUAAAUAUAUUACGAUGUGCCAUCUACCUCAGCCUUAAAGAGGGAGCAGACUUUCUACAGACGCACUUAAUAUGAAGAAAAUGCUACCCUUUUUGAAAAAAGUGGUACGGAUAAUUAGAAAAUAAUCCACAUACUUACUUGUCUACAGGUCACCCACAAACCAUGUUAGAAAUUAUAUUCUAACUUCUGUGACUCUGCACUUGAGCAGCAUUUUGCUGUUUUUUUUUGACUUCUCAGAUUUAAGGCAUGGAUGAUUAGUCCUUGUAUAAAAAUGAGCUGCAACAAGAAGUGUAGCUGUGGUUGACAAGAAAUGCAUUUUCAGCUCAAUUUAAAUUUAAAAAACAACUGUGGUAGAUUUACUUUUAACCUUACCUUGCUUAGGCACUUAAAAUACCUUGGACCAAAGUGUGUUCUCAGUGCUGCUGCUGCUUCUCCUCACAUCUGUGAAUGACUAAAAAACAAAGCUGAGGUUUGAAAGGUGUAAUAUUAGGUCAACUGUGAAAAAUGAACUUGCAUUCUGAAGUGCCAUAGACAGCUCUUGCCUAAGAAAUAUACGCAACACAUUUUUUCUGCCCAGAGAACAUUAGCCCUAACUGAGCCUACAUGCAAGGUAUUCCAUGGCACCUUUGGUCUGAUUUGUCCCGUAGUUUGCCAUCUGCAAAUUAGUAUUUUUACAGUGCAACCUUUUUUAGAUUUUUAGACAAUGUCAGCAAAGUGUCCGAAGUUCACUUUGCCUUGAUAAGUUGCUUGUUGGCAUGUACAUGUUGUUGAGCUUGAAGAAGACGUUAUAGAAAAUCACUCCAGAACUGUUGUGCUGUCCUCCCAGUGUGUAAUUUGUUAAUAUCACAAUUCAAGUGCCUCUAUAUUGUGGCUGCACUAUUGGUAUUUUCAAAAGGAUGUGUUUUUUUAAUAUCUCGGCAGCAUAGGUAGACUAGGGAUCAGUAAUAAGAAACUCUAUGGAUGCUUAUUUUAAUUUCUAGUGUAACAGUGGUAGCAUGAAGUGUAUUAUCAGAGAAUACCAAAGAACCAAAACUCUUCCCUCUCUAACUCCGUACAAAUCUGAGGAUUUGGUGGAAGAUACUUCCGAGUAUCUAACAACAGUGAAGGCUACUAGACACUUGAGCGAUUUCAGUAUUUACAGUAACAGAAGAAUUAUAUAAAACAAAUAAUGUAUUGCUGGGUAAGACCCACCUCCAUUGCCAAGAGAGGUUUGCCCAGUUAUGUGUACAUUUUUUUAAUGUAAAGUUUACAUAAAUGUUGUAAUAAUCUAUUGCAUACUAUAUUCUAUGUUCAUGGAUAAGCUGGCAAUCUUUUUUCUGAUCUGAUUCUUUAAAGACUGUAGUUGCAGCAGACCUGAAUGAUACAUGUUUUUAACAUGCAAAUGUAAACAUGGCAGCUCAUUUAUUUAAGCAGGUUUAGAAGAUGUAAAUUAUUCAGUCCUCCAAAUCUCAGUAGUUUUUUUCACUCAUCAAGGACGUUCAAACUGAAGUGACAGCUGGUGUAUUUCCAACGGUUUAAGCCGAUUAUAAGGAUAAAGUAUUUGUCAUAAUUAUAGCCUCAAACCGCAAACAGUUGUAUUAAAAUAUUACAGUGACUGCA